AUGCAACUAAAAAAUGGUAAAAAUGAGAAUCGAAAUGAAUUUGAAAUUCAUAUGUUUCUGAAUUAAGCUUUUGUUCAAUUCCAUAAUUUUUCAGCUAUUAUUUAAAAAAUAAGAAAUCUAUUGAAUUACUCUUUUUGUUAUUUACAAGUAAAUUAGUGUUUAAAAAGAAUGGAAAGAAAAGUAAAUUGAAACUGUAAAAUUUAUCUAUGAUACUUUACCAAAUUUUUUUUAAAAAUAUAACAAUUAAGAAAUUAGAAUUAUUGCUGAUAAUAGUAAAAUAGCAUCAAGUGAUAAAGGGAUUGAUAGAAAACCUAAAAAGAACUAAGUCAUUGGGUAGAGUAGUGAUUAAACUACUUAAAAUAAAAAUAAAAUACUUAAGAAUAUUUAGAUAAAAGAACGUUAGAUCUCAAUAAUAAAAGUCACUUUUAGAAAUUAUAAAAAACUUUUUCAAUUAUGAAAAUUGGCAUCUAAAUUCAGAACUACCAAAAAGAAUUAAUGAAAUGAUAUUUGAAAGUGCAUUAUUGUCCUUAUUAGAAGCUGCUUUUAGAUCUUGUUUAUUAUUAGAAAUGUCAAAAGAUUUUGACCUUAUUUAAGUUAUCAUUAAUUAACAAAAACAUUAGCAAAACAUAAAAAUUUGA